CUCAGCACCACCCAGCCCUCUCCCUGACAGAUGGUUAAUGGUUCCGUUAGGCGGUCUGGGGUCCAUUCAGCCCAUUGAAGACCCACCCCCCACCUUCGGAGCUGCAGCAGCCUCCUCUGGUUCCUCCUUCCUCGGACUCCUCCGCUGCUCCUGCCGCCUCCGACCUCAGCCCUGCGGCUGCGGGUAAGGUGGGCCUGAGUGGUGGUGGUGGUGCUGGGGGGUGGAGUGCAGGAGCUCCACACCGUGCUUCGCAGGACAUCUGUGCAGAUGAGCUAUGUCCUGCAUCUUCUGACCGGCCGGAAGUCUUCUUUUCUGGAUGUUCCUGCGCUGCAGAGGGCCACGUAGGAUGAGAAUCUGCAGCCAUGAUGCAAGGACUGAAAAAACGAACCAGGAAAGCUCUGGGCUUACGAAAGAAAGACAAGGACCCAGAAACAACAAGCUCACCUGACAAAGAAGGAAGUGGAAGCAGCAAGAAGAAAAAGGCCAACGGGGCUCCUAACGGGUUGUAUGGGGAGAUUGACUGGGACAGAUAUGCUUCUCCUAAUGUGGAUGACGAGGGCUUCAGUUUGCAGCCAGGUGAUGAAGAUAACGCCUCCAAAGACAAGCACUUUUUCUCCUCCAGUGACUCGGAGGAAGAUGAGGACAGCAAGAAAAAGUUUAAAAUCAAGAUCAAGCCUCUGGUGUCAGACAGUGCUAAGUGUGUCCCUCCAUCUAUGGACGAGCUGAAAGCUUCGGUGGGAGGCCUGGCGCUCUCUCCUUCUCUGAGGAGAAGUCCGAGACGCAGUCCGGUGCAGAUAAAAAGGAACUUGUCUUGUGAGGAUAUGGCCCGUCCCAGACGCUCCACCCCAACACCAAGUCCUGCACCUGAGACACCAAGUGACUCAACGUUGCAGAAUAUUCCUGUCUUGUUCGGGCAGCCUUCAGACAGCAGAUAUGCCCGAUAUGAUGUGGUUCGUAGUGAUGUGUGGGGAGAACCCAGACCACGGUCAGAAUCACAGCUGAGCAGGAGUUUUCCAACAGGAGCUCCUCCACCACUUCCUCCAAAAUACUUCCUGUCAAGAAGUCACUAUGGCUACCCUUCAGACUCGCCAGCUGAUCUACCGAAUGGGAGGGCAGCUCGCAGUUCGGCCCCAAUCUACCUGAAUGUUCUCUCCCCGGCUUCAUACCGAGGCUCCCCGGCCCCUGACCUGGAUGACGUGUUCGCCCCCACGGACAGCCCCCGGAUCAUUGAGGACACCUCGUCUCCCAGAUGGGUUACGUUCACAGAUGAUAGACCUCCACCGCCCGAUGAACCGGCCCCCCCACCACCACCAGACUCUCCUCCACCUGACACUCCGUCAUCAACCCCCUCUACUCCUUGUACCUCUCCUGGACCACCGCCAAAUGAACCCCCACCUUCUCCUCCACAAAUUUCUCCCUUGUCUCCUCCACAUUUCACGCCACUGGACUCACCGCCCUCAAUUGUUCUCGGACCUCCACCUCCAGAUGAGCCAGCCCCUCCCUUACCCCCAAACUUUUCCCCUUCUAAUAGCCCCACUGUAAGCUCUGAGGAAGAGGGGAUUGAUGAGGAGGUGCUUCAGUUUGCAGAGUGUGCUUCCUUUGCAGCCCCCAUCAGCCCUGUGCCCCCACUGCCAGCAGAGCGAAGGUCCCCUAGGGUGGGUGUCACUUCUCCCUUAAUCUAUGGGGGCAUUAUGGGAAAGAAGACUCCAGAUGGGGUGUACCACAGAGAUGAUCGAGCAGACACUACGGGCUCUCCCCGAGACCUUACACCCAGUUUCAGGGGGACGCCACCUCCUCUUCCUCCAACCACGUACAGGUCCAUCAUUUCUUCUUCAGGGCCCCACUCAGGCAGCAGCCCUUCAUCUCCAGUUCGUCCUCAGUCUCGAGGCAGCCCAGUCCCUCCUCCUCCUCCUCCUCCUCCACCUCGUCCGUCUUCACGACCAAAGCUUCCACCGGGAAAACCAAUCACUGACCUGAGUCGGCCGUUCAGUCCACCAGUUUCGGGUAGUCCACCACCUUUUGCACCCCUGGCCCGUGCUGAGAGCUCUUCCUCCCUCUCCUCUAUUACGUCACACAGUGCAGCGUCGACUCCAACCUUAGGAAAAGACCUUAUCAUGCCCACCACAGGGUGCUCCAGAGGACCCAGUCCUCUUACCAUGGGACCCCAGGACACUCUGCCAGUUGCAGCUGCUUUCACAGAAACUAUCAAUGCAUAUUUUAAAGGCGCAGACCCAACCAAAUGUGUGGUGAAGAUCACAGGAGAGGUGGUGCUCUCCUUCCCUGCGGGUAUAACCAGGCAUUUUUCGAGCCACCCACCUCAACCCAUCCUCACCUUCAGCAUCAGCAACUACAACCGACUGGAGCAGGUCCUCCCCAACCCUCAGCUGCUGUGCUGUGAUGCUACAACUGACGUUAUGGACUCCAAGGAGUUCUGGGUAAACAUGCCUAACUUGAUGAGUCAUCUUAAGAAAGUGGCUGAGCAGAAGCCUCAGGCAACAUACUACAACGUGGAUAUGAUCAAAUACCAGGUGUCAGCAGAGGGAAUUCAGUCCACUCCUCUAAACCUGGCAGUGAGUUGGCGAGGGGAUGCCACUAACACAGACCUGAGAAUAGAUUACAAAUACAACAUGGAGGCCAUGGCCGCACCAGUACCCUUAUACAAUAUCCACUUUGUGGUCCCUGUUAAUGGAGGCAUAGCCAGACCACAGGCCAUGAUCCCACCUGCCACCUGGAAUCCAGAGGAGCAAACAAUCCAGUGGAAAGUUCAGAGCCUGUCACAUAGGUCUGAAAAUGGAGGUGUAGGAGCUCUACUGGGCCGGUUCCAGAUGGAAGAAGGUUCCUGUAAACCCUCCCAGCUGGCAGUCCAGUUCACCAGUGAAGGAAGCACCCUGUCCGGGUGCGACAUCCAGCUCGUUGGGACCGGCUACCGGCUAUCGUUAAUUAAAAAGAGAUUCGCUGCAGGAAAAUAUUUGGCAGAUAAUUAGUUUGACAACUGAACCAAGGAAAUCUCUGGCUUUCGACUGUGAAGGAAUCCAUCCCAUGUUUAGUGGCCCUGAGAGUUCAUUCUUAGCUAACAAAUGGACUAAGUGGUUUAGAAUGACCAGAAAACAAAUUGACA